CGUCCACUUAAGUCUUGCAGGCAUCCGAGUGGGCAGAGCUGGAGGAGGGCAGGAGGUGGCUCACCCAGACGCCUUCACCCCCUGGUGGCCCUGAAAAAAGGGGACAUGGCCAGAAAGGCUCUCAAGCUUGCUUCAUGGACCAGCAUGGCUCUUGCUGCUUCUGGCAUCUACCUCUACAGUAACAAGUACUUGGACCCUAAUGACUUUGGCGCUGUCAGGGUGGGCAGAGCAGUUGCUACGACGGCUGUCAUCAGUUAUGACUACCUCACUUCCCUGAAGAGUGUCCCCUAUGGCUCAGAGGAGUACUUGCAGCUGAGAUCUAAGGUGCACCUUCGCUCUGCCAGGCGUCUCUGUGAGCUCUGCUGUGCCAACCGGGGCACCUUCAUCAAGGUUGGCCAGCACCUAGGGGCACUGGACUACCUGUUGCCAGAGGAGUACACCAGCACGCUGAAGGUCCUGCACAGCCAGGCUCCACAGAGCAGCAUGCAAGAGAUCCGCCAGGUCAUCCGAGAGGAUCUGGGCAAGGAGAUCCAUGAUUUGUUCCAGAGCUUCGACGACACCCCUCUGGGGACUGCCUCCCUGGCCCAGGUCCACAAGGCAGUGCUGCAUGAUGGGCGGACGGUGGCCGUGAAGGUCCAGCACCCAAAGGUGCGGGCUCAGAGCUCGAAGGACAUUCUCCUGAUGGAGGUGCUCAUUCUGGCUGUGAAGCAGCUAUUCCCAGAGUUUGAGUUUAUGUGGCUUGUGGAUGAAGCCAAGAAGAACCUGCCUUUGGAGCUGGAUUUCCUCAAUGAAGGGAGGAAUGCUGAGAAGGUGUCCCAGAUGCUCAAGCAUUUUGACUUCUUGAAGGUGCCCCGAAUCCACUGGGACCUGUCCACGGAGCGGGUCCUCCUGAUGGAGUUUGUGGACGGCGGGCAGGUCAAUGACAGAGACUACAUGGAGAAGAACAAGAUCGACGUCAAUGAGAUCUCACGCCACCUGGGCAAGAUGUAUAGUGAGAUGAUCUUCGUCAAUGGCUUCGUGCACUGCGAUCCCCACCCCGGCAAUGUACUGGUGCGGAAGCACCCUGGCACGGGAAAGGCGGAGAUUGUCCUGUUGGACCAUGGGCUUUACCAGGUGCUCACGGAGGAAUUCCGCCUGAAUUACUGCCACCUCUGGCAGUCUCUGAUCUGGACUGACAUGAAGAGAGUGAAGGAGUACAGCCAGCGCCUGGGAGCCGGGGAUCUCUACCCCUUGUUUGCCUGCAUGCUGACAGCGCGGUCAUGGAACUCAGUCAACAGAGGCAUCAGCCAAGCUCCCGUCACUGCCACUGAGGACUUAGAGAUUCGCAACAACGCGGCCAACUACCUCCCCCAGAUCAGCCAGCUCCUUAACCACGUGCCACGCCAGAUGCUGCUCAUCUUGAAGACCAAUGACCUGCUGCGUGGCAUCGAGGCCGCCCUGGGCACCCGUGCCAGCGCCAGCUCCUUUCUCAACAUGUCACGUUGCUGCAUCAGAGCGCUAGCCGAGCACAAGAAGAAGAAUACCUGUUCAUUCUUCAGAAGAACCCAGAUCUCUUUCAGAGAGGCCUUCAACUUAUGGCAGAUCAACCUCCAUGAGCUCAUCCUGCGUGUGAAGGGGUUGAAGCUGGCUGACCGGGUCUUGGCCCUAAUAUGCUGGCUGUUCCCUGCUCCACUCUGAUUGGAAUUGCUCUCCCUGCCCCAUUCUGAUGUCUUUCCACUCCUCAGCCCCUCAUCCUGCCUCCACCCAGCUGCUCCAUUUUUGCCACAUGGUGGCCUGCAGCCCCAGAGUCACUGUCCAUGUCACCAUCCUCCUCCUCUUUUGGAAUCCUCUCUGCAUACUGUGGCCCUUAUCUCAGGGCCCACAGGCUGAACUGUGGCAUAGCUCUCUCUUCUUCUCCAAGAAGACUCAGCAGCCUACAUUCCCACUCCUGGUAUGUGCCAUUGGGUUGGAUGUCCCCACUACUUCCAUUAACCCUUCCCAUUGCCAAGACGUGCCACGGGUGCCACUGGGGGCACACUGAACUUGUAGGGAGUUUGAUUUUGUUGGAGGUGAACAUGGUCUCUGAACUUGACAGAGAACAGCUUCCCUUUCCUAGCCAUGUCACCCUCCAAAGGAAGUCACACCUCAGCGAGGUGGUUUGGCAUCUGGGGCCGACUCCAUUGCAGCCAUGAGCUCACUGCUGUCAGUGACCUUUGGUGUUUUCUGUACUGUUUCAAUAAAAACUCCUUCAAGGUUCCA